GGUGCUGAUGCAGGAUGGCUGGGCGCGCAGGAGCCCGGGAGGUCUGAGCCGGGCGAGGCUCGCUCCCUGCGCAUCGCCUGGUCCGCCGGCCGCGUGGUCGCGGGCAGGUGGGCCCGGGGAGCAGCGCCGGGCCAGGGCAAGGCCAGGGAAGGCAGGUCUGCAGCCGGCGGGGCGGGAGGCUGGCUGAUAGAAACCUACCCGGUUUCGGAACGGCCGGAGGCGCCCAGCCCGCCGAGUUCGCGAUGACCUGCUGAGAAGCUUCGUUGGAGGCUGCAGGAGGCGGCCUCGCUGCAGGCGGUGCGGUUCGCGGCCUCCUCCCUCGUCUUACUGAGCCCCGGCCCCCCACCCAUCCCCGCGCCCCCUCCCUGCCGCCAGCCGAGAUGGCGGAUCCAGCCGAAUGCAGCAUCAAAGUGAUGUGCCGGUUCCGGCCCCUCAACGAAGCGGAGAUUCUCCGAGGGGACAAAUUCAUCCCAAAAUUUAAAGGCGAUGAGACCGUGGUGAUUGGGCAAGGAAAGCCAUAUGUCUUCGACAGAGUGCUGCCUCCCAGCACGACCCAAGAGCAGGUUUACAAUGCGUGUGCAAAGCAAAUUGUCAAAGAUGUCCUUGAAGGUUAUAACGGGACGAUUUUUGCGUAUGGACAGACUUCAUCAGGAAAAACACACACCAUGGAGGGGAAGCUACAUGACCCUCAACUCAUGGGGAUCAUCCCAAGGAUCGCGCACGACAUCUUUGACCAUAUCUAUUCCAUGGAUGAAAACCUGGAGUUUCAUAUCAAGGUUUCCUAUUUUGAGAUCUACUUGGACAAAAUCAGGGACUUACUGGAUGUAUCCAAGACGAACUUGGCUGUUCAUGAAGACAAAAACAGAGUCCCGUAUGUAAAGGGGUGCACCGAGCGCUUUGUGUCAAGCCCCGAGGAAGUCAUGGAUGUGAUAGAUGAAGGCAAAGCAAACCGACACGUGGCUGUAACAAAUAUGAAUGAACACAGCUCGAGAAGUCACAGUAUCUUCCUGAUCAAUAUUAAACAAGAGAAUGUAGAGACCGAAAAAAAGCUCAGUGGGAAGCUGUAUCUAGUUGAUUUGGCCGGGAGCGAAAAGGUCAGCAAGACUGGUGCCGAGGGAGCUGUUCUCGACGAAGCUAAAAAUAUCAAUAAAUCUUUGUCUGCUCUUGGAAACGUGAUCUCUGCCUUGGCAGAAGGGACAAAAACACACGUACCAUAUCGGGACAGCAAGAUGACUCGAAUUCUUCAGGACUCUCUGGGUGGGAACUGUAGAACCACCAUCGUUAUUUGCUGCUCUCCUUCUGUCUUCAAUGAGGCUGAGACCAAGUCAACACUGAUGUUUGGGCAAAGGGCUAAGACCAUCAAGAACACAGUCUCCGUGAACCUGGAACUGACAGCGGAAGAAUGGAAGAAGAAAUAUGAAAAAGAGAAAGAGAAAAACAAGACUCUCAAGAAUGUUAUCCAGCAUCUGGAGAUGGAGCUAAACAGAUGGAGAAACGGAGAAGCUGUGCCUGAGGAUGAACAGAUCAGUGCUAAAGACCAGAAGACCUUGGAGCCCUGCGAUAACACCCCCAUCAUAGACAAUAUUGCUCCUGUUGUUGCUGGCAUCUCUGCAGAGGAGAAAGAGAAGUACGACGAGGAGAUCUCCAGUCUCUACAGACAACUGGAUGAUAAGGAUGAUGAAAUUAACCAGCAGAGCCAGCUGGCUGAAAAGCUAAAGCAACAGAUGUUGGAUCAGGACGAGCUUUUGGCUUCCACAAGAAGAGAUUAUGAGAAGAUCCAGGAAGAACUGACACGUCUCCAGAUUGAAAACGAGGCAGCCAAAGAUGAAGUGAAAGAAGUUCUCCAGGCUCUGGAAGAGCUGGCUGUCAAUUAUGACCAGAAGUCCCAGGAAGUAGAGGACAAGACCAGGGCCAAUGAGCAGCUGACAGAUGAGCUGGCCCAGAAGACGACUACAUUGACAACCACACAGAGAGAGCUGAGCCAGCUACAAGAGCUUAGCAACCACCAGAAGAAGAGGGCUACUGAGAUCCUGAAUUUGCUGUUGAAGGAUCUGGGGGAGAUAGGUGGAAUUAUCGGCACCAAUGAUGUGAAGACUUUGGCAGAUGUGAACGGAGUCAUUGAGGAGGAAUUCACCAUGGCCCGCCUGUAUAUCAGCAAGAUGAAGUCGGAGGUCAAAUCCCUGGUGAACCGCAGCAAACAGCUCGAGAGCGCCCAGAUGGACUCCAACAGGAAGAUGAAUGCCAGUGAGCGGGAGCUGGCAGCCUGCCAGCUGCUCAUCUCCCAGCAUGAAGCCAAGAUCAAAUCCCUGACAGAUUACAUGCAGAACAUGGAACAGAAGAGGAGGCAGCUGGAAGAGUCCCAAGACUCACUUAGUGAAGAGCUGGCCAAACUCCGAGCCCAAGAAAAAAUGCACGAAGUCAGCUUCCAGGAUAAGGAAAAGGAACACCUGACCCGACUGCAGGAUGCCGAGGAAAUGAAGAAGGCGCUGGAGCAGCAGAUGGAGAGUCACCGGGAAGCUCACCAGAAGCAGCUGUCCAGACUUCGAGAUGAGAUCGAGGAGAAGCAGAAAAUCAUCGAUGAGAUGCGGGAUUUGAAUCAGAAGCUGCAGCUAGAGCAGGAGAAGCUCAGUUCUGAUUAUAACAAGCUGAAAGUGGAAGACCAAGAGAGGGAAAUGAAGCUGGAGAAGCUCUUAUUGCUCAAUGAUAAAAGGGAACAAGCCAGAGAGGACCUCAAGGGGCUGGAGGAGACAGUGUCUCGAGAAUUGCAGACUCUUCAUAACCUCCGGAAACUCUUUGUCCAGGAUCUGACUGCCCGGGUCAAGAAGAGUGUAGAGCUGGACAACGAUGAUGGAGGGGGCAGUGCUGCCCAGAAGCAGAAAAUUUCCUUCCUGGAAAAUAACCUGGAGCAGCUCACGAAGGUUCACAAACAGCUGGUCCGGGACAAUGCAGACCUGCGCUGUGAGCUGCCCAAGCUGGAGAAGCGGCUGCGUGCCACGGCAGAGCGUGUCAAGGCCCUGGAGAGCGCGUUGAAGGAGGCCAAGGAGAACGCCAUGCGGGACCGCAAGCGCUACCAGCAGGAGGUGGAUCGCAUCAAGGAGGCUGUUCGAGCCAAGAAUAUGGCCAGGAGGGCCCACUCAGCCCAGAUUGCCAAGCCCAUCCGCCCUGGACACUACCCAGCAUCAUCUCCAACGGCCGUCCACGCCAUCCGAGGGGGAGGAGGAGGCUCUUCAAACUCCACUCAUUACCAGAAAUAAAUGCAAAAUACGGCUCUCCACGCAGCAUGUCAAGGACUACGUUAAUCACCAAUUCCUAUAUAUUUUUUUUUCCCUCCUACACAAAAUUUCCAUUUUCUUUUACAUUUGUUUACCCCAGCCAUCUGCAGUACACCAGUUUCAGAUAUUUGAGCUGUGUAGAAUUUCUGUGUGUAGAGGUGUGUGCUUGGACUUUUCCUGAGAAAUCUGAAGGGGACACUAACAGAAGAUCCACUUACCCCUGGGAACCAUUGCCAGGACUCGGCUUCGGGGUGCUGGGUGGUCUCUGGGCAGUCCCUGGAGCCUCCUGUCUCCAUAGUGCACAGUCCCAGCAAACGCCCUCCAUGCCAUUCCCUGGGGGGAACAUCCAAGUGCCCUGGAGGCGGGGAAUCACGCUCCACUGCACCUGUCUGGUCUCCUGUAAAAUAAACAUAUUACUUUAUAUUUUUAGGGAACAACAACAAAAAAAGUGCUGCUAUAAGGUUCAAAAUUUUCAUUCUGAACACUUUUCCGAAACAAAUUACCCCAAAGAAGCAUUUUGAAUAUCCCGGUCACAUCUUUGGAUCUGUGAAAUACACUUUUAGUAGGGCACCUGUUAAAAUGCAAAACAAAUUUCUUCAAGGCAGAAAAACAAUCUGACAGUAGCAAUGUAGAAUUUGUUCAUUCAAACACAUCUAUGUAAAUGUGAAAAGUCAUAAAAUUCACCUGAGCUGCUUGCUAGUGAACCUGCAGCGACUAGUCUCAGCCAGCCCACUUUGAACAUCCUUUCUUCAGGAGUGUUGAAAAUGCUGCAAAGUUGGGUGAUUGGAAAUGGGGUGGCCCCCUCCUCGCUUCCUCCUCCCUGACCCUACUGGAGCUCGCACUGGGGAUGGCUUCUUCCUGUAGGGAACCAUCUUAAGCCUUGAGGGGGUACUGCUGAUGAAAUCCAGGAUCAUUCAUUCCCACAGUUGAAAAAGGAAGCCCUCCGGCAGGGGAGUAAUUGACAAAUAUUUGUGCCUGUGAAUAAGUUGCUGUAAGUUGUUAUGUUAACCCUUCAUUGCGGAUUGUUUUUUUGAGUUUGUUCUGUGGCUUCAAAUUGAUAGAUUUCAUCUUCUUAAGCAGAAUUAGAAGAACUCGGUAUGGAUGGAUUUUUUUUUUUUUUUUUUUUUUUUUACAUUUAACUAUUGGUUUAUUUAACACAUGAAUUUAAAGCUGAAUCAACUCUUACUUCCAGUUGUGGAUUUUAGAAUGAUUGAUUUCCAAGUAGUAAAGUCUUCAGGGAAGCUGACAAAGGUUCAAUUAACUUGGUCUUGUGUGCUGCUACUAGUUUUGACAAAUUGGAGGGUAAGUCAGUGACGACCAGACUAAUCUCAGUGAAAGCAUCCAUCCUAUCUCUGUGCCUGCCCACGAUGAGGAAGCUGGCACUGUCCCUGCUGCUGUCACCACAGGAAUGAAAUGUAGGCCGGGUAGACAUGGAGUUUUCUCUUUGCUGUGUGAGUCGUAGUUGAAGUGUGUGUGUGUGUGUGUGUGUGUGUGUGUGUGUGUGUGUGUGUGUAAAGCACUGAGGACUGUGAAUUAACUUCCAGACUUUUCUUGUGUAAAAUUUUCCUAACACAGCAAAGCUGCUUUGACUUAAUUUAUUUGUUAAAUGUUGCACUUUGUUUAUGUGUUUUGGUUUUUUUUUUGGGGGGGGGGACUAAGGAGAAAGAAGAAGACAAAUUCUACUGAAGUAUUUAUUUCAUAAAAAUGACAAUUUUGCAUUCAUUUACAUUUUAAAAAUUCUUCUUUUGAUUUUCUUAUAUUGCCAGUAACUUGCCUGUAUACAUGCUCAAUGGCUAUUUACAGUCUGAUAGAAGGGGCUUCGUAGGGCAGCAUUUGCAAACCUUAUCAGGUAAUAACAUAUGCCAUAGAUUAUAAUCUUGCCAUUAAUAUGUUUGGCUCUGAUUUUAGAGGCUGAAGCAUUGGUCUUGGAGAGGAUUGCCAAUUAGUAGUUGAGUGACCCUACUGUCUAUCAUGCAACUGUAUUACUUUAUGUUUGGAAAUUGGACAAAGGUCAGUAAUUCUUUCUGGGGGCUCUCUUGUUAAUAGAUUAUUUUAGAUUCUUUCCAAAGUAACUUUUCUGUGGUUACCCCGUUUCUAUUUCUCAAGAAUCGCUUGGUCCUUUCGUGUUUCAAAAAGAACUACGUGUUUCACUUGUAGUUCCAUAUUUCUUGAUCUCCACAAGGGAUUGACAAAAUUCACACCACUUUUAUUCACAGAGAAAGUUGGCUUUGAUGUCUCUUAAAGAUAAUUCUGCUACUUGCUGAUCAGCCAGUCAGUUCACCUAGCUUCAAUCUUUAUGGACCUCUAAGCUAACUUUCCCACACUGUGACUAAAAGAUAGGCAGAUUAUCGGGGAACACAGUAUAUUCAAGUGGAUCCCUAAAUAUUACUUGGUAUAAUAAACUAAUAUCAGGACCAUAUUCUCUGUAGGCCACUUUUUUAAAAAGCCACAUUGAUGCAAUUUUCCUUGGUUUUUAAGGUUAUUACUCCUUUCCAUUUGUACUCUAAAUAUAAAAACCACACUUCUGAAUGGCUGCGCCUAUGAUUAUAUUUUUGGUUGUAUGCUGCUUUUUGCUAGAGAGAGAAAGAGAGAGAAUGUGUGUGUUUCUCCUCUGUGAAUAAUUUUAUAUUUCAUGCUACUUCUUGAAAGUUUACUUUUUGAUGCUAUAAGGGAAUAGCCAGAUGGUUUAUACAAAUAAUCUCUACCUGCAGGAUGGUGGAUUGUUAAAUUAGAGAAAUGUUGGUUGGGAUAUCAAGAUUUGUGGUUGCAUUUAACUUACCAAUUGCAUUCUUGUAACAUAGUAUGUUCCUUCAUUGACUGUAUUAUCAAUUCAUAAAGUGCUUUUAAGACUUAAAAAGAUUUAUAGGAGGAGACUAAAAUAUAUUAAUGCCAAAUGUGUUUUGAUCGUUUACUAGACAAUUCUGUACAAAUGCCUCAUCUCUUCAAAAGCUGUACGGUUGGUUUGUUUGAAUGGCAGGUAGCAGGGAGAGUAAAUGUGGAUUCAGACUUUUAAAGGAAAUAGUACCAUGAUUAUAAAAAAUUAGAAUUCAUAGUAAUAUUGGGAUAAAUGAAGAAAAAUGUUUGUCUGGAACGUAGCAUCUAGUGACUUUGUGAUGCCCUAAUUUCACAAUAAGAAGGGACAUUUCUGUCCAAGGCCAGACCAAGCCAUCCCCAAGACUCAUGGGAGAAUUAUCAGUUCUCUUUUCCUAGAGGAAUAACUGAAAGCAAAUAAAAGUCUUGACAGUCCCCUCUUUGAAGUGUAUUUUUUUUAGCAGGGCAGGAGACAUUGAGAGUCUGGCUACAUGACAUAUUAGGGAAGUUUUUCCCUGGAAGGGAGCAGGGGGAAGAUUUCACUUCAUUGUCUCACCCUGAGUAGCUUGCGUAAACUAAAGGAACCAUCGUAGCCUAAAAUGGUUUCAUUUAACACUAACAAUUUAGACUGUUUAAAAGUAUUGAAUAAGGGCCAGGUCACUGCUGAAAGAAGCACUGCUCCAUGAAGUCUGCUUACACAUUUACAUAUUGUGUACCAAUUUUAAAUAAUUUUCAUUGUGUGCAGAUACAAGGGGAAUAGGGCAUCCUGUAGGAUUGUACAUGUUUAGUGUGUAAGUAUGUAAUGUGUACUGCAGAUGUGUUUUCUCUGGGCUUUAUGUCUCUGUACAGUAGCUUUCAUUAAAAAAAUUUGUGGACAGAAUUGUUUUGGUGGUUUGAAGGGGACAAUGGCCGCUUAUAUCAAGUGAUGAUGCUGUAAUAUAGUACAUGUAACAAAAGAUCUGGAAGUAACCCUCCCCUGGCCCGUGGAAAACUUUGGUUAUCCUCCAGGUUCUAAAAUGAAGAUGUAUGGAUACUCUGGCAGACUGCAUGUUGUAUAAUUUGAAAAAUACUAAAAGUGGAAAAUAAAAUUGAGUUAAACUUU